AUGCUAUUGCAGAACACUACAUAUAUACCAUCUUUUCUCCUCUCCUGGCUUCACGACUACCUGAAUGAAACCUGGAGCUUUUCAGCAGCUUCUCUAUAUACUACUGCUAACCAGACAGCUCAGCCUGUCAAUGCUGUGCCAAUCAAAACACAGAGCCAAGGAUUCAUCUACAUUUUACUGAUGGUUGGCCUCUUCAGCUUCUUUACCUUCGGCAUCAUGUUCAGCUACAUCCGCUCUAAAAAGCUGGAGAACUCGCAGGAUCCGUAUCAUCAGUAUAUAGCCAGAGACUGGGAGAAAGUCCUGGUCCCCUCUGCAGUGAGCAGCCAGGCUCUCAGAGGAGCUAAAAAGGAGUCUGUGGUUAUUCAAAACCCUGCAGUACUGGAGCACCUACCCGGGUGAAACUUCAAGAAGCCAUAGCAGUGUGAGUGAGUGAACCUAGAAAACUCCUGACUACUAAAUGCAAACAUAUUGCUUCUAAAU